UUUUAGUUUUGAAUGAGGAUAAGAGGAACGACCAAACAAAAAUUAUUUUAUCUCUUCUUAUCAAUUUAAGCUAGUGAAGACUAAUAUCCGGUGAUAAUAAGAUACAAUUAUACAAACAAGAUGUCUAAACCAAAUGUGUUAAUACUUGGAGGUUGUGGUUUUAUUGGCCGCAAUUUAGUUGCAUAUUUAGUCAAAAAUGAUCUCGUUAGUGCAAUAAGAGUAGUGGAUAAGGUACCUCCACAGGUUGCCUGGUUAAAUGAAUCUCAUACAGAAGCCUUUCAAAAUAACAUUGUUCAAUUUAAAAGUGCUAAUUUAAUCAAUGCAGAAUCAUGUAGGAAUGCCUUCCAACCACCUGAAGGGGGUAUUUGGGACAUAGUUGUCAAUUGUGCUGGAGAAACAAAGUCUGGUCAAACAGAUCCCGUGUAUAAUGAAGGCAUAUUAAAACUUAGUCUUAAUUGUGCCAAAGAAGCUGCUCAACAGAAAGCUAAACAUUACAUAGAGCUGUCAUCUGGUAAUAUGUAUUCUUCAGAGAAAGUUUUACAUAAAGAGGAUGGUCCUAUUGAACCUUGGACCUUUGUAGCUAAAUGGAAAAGACAGGUAGAAAAAAAAUUGGCAGAAAUGUCUGAACUCACCUACACAAUCCUCAGGCUUCCAAUUGUUUAUGGAUUAGGAGACAAAAGCGGUUUAAUGCCUAGAAUAAUCGCAGCGUCCAUAUAUAAGCAUGUUGGAGAAACAAUGAAACUUCUAUGGAACUCUGAACUUAGAAUUAGUACCGUACAUGUCCAGGAUGUAUGUAAAGCAAUAUGGUUCGUGAGUAAUAGAGAAGAUACCAAUGGACAGAUCUAUAAUGUUGUGGAUGAUGCAGACUCUACGCAAGGUUCAAUAUCCAACGUUAUGACAGACAUAUUCAAUGUCAAAAUCGACUAUUACGGCAAUCUUGUAUCCGCAGUGGUAGACCUAGCAGGUGCUGCAGAUGAUGCCAACGACAAACAUUUAGCCCCAUGGGCAGAAGCUUGUAGAAAAGAUGAAAUCCUUAACACUCCUCUCUCUCCUCACAUGGAUUCCGAACUACUUCUCCACAAACAUCUCAGAUUAGAUGGCAACAAACUGAAACAACUUGGCUUUGAUGUGACACAACCCAAACCUACAGCUGAUAAUAUUAAGGAAAUUAUUGAUGACUUUAUAAAAAUGAAGGUGUUCCCCAGAUCUCUACUACCUUAAACCUUUAUCCAAGUGUCUUUAAGUCACGCGUCUCUUUUAAUCAUUUUUUUAAUGAACAGAGACGUAAGAAAGUGUACCUAAAAUGACAGUGGCUUAAUAUCUACUAAAAAUUGUUUUUGUGGGUUUUUAAGGUACAUACGUAGAAAUAUCACCUGAAUUCGGUAUCAGUAUAUCACUUUAAAAUGUUUGAAGUAUUAAAAUGUUGGGUACAUUAAAUACGAGAUGAAUAAUAACUGAACCGAAUUUUCAGUGUGAUGAGUCUACAGUUCUUGAAAAUAGUCACAUUUAAUCAUAUGAUAAGUGAGAGAAAAACCUGAUAUGUAGUUUGUUUUCGCUUUAUAAUAUGUUAUGAGAAUAAUUCUACAUAUAUGAUAG